AUGAUCAUGGCCGAGGACCACCACCACCAGUUGGCAGGAGCCGAAGCACCUCCCAGUGACAGCGACUCGGACAGGGCCCGCCGAUGGCCCCUCAUCGAUGUCUACGAGAACGGCAACAGGGAGUGUUACUGGGCCAAUUUCGGAUGGAACUAUUGGCAGUCCAUCCAGGCCGCGCACCGGCACCUCACAGCUGAUCGCCGUCGAGUCUGGUCUGAGUGGGAGUACAGAGCGACCCACGAGAGGAGCAGCUUGCCCACGGCCAAGAACCACGAGCUAAGGCACACCCGGAUCAUAGCUUUCCCAUUGGUGGAGGCAUUGGCCCCGCAGGCCGACCGGCCAGCCAGCGCAGCCAUUGACCUCCCGGCGCUGCAAGCAGCCGUCAGCCAGGCCCUGCCACCGGCUCUUGCCAUGCAGGCCAAGGCUGCAGAACGCUUUGCACACAUAGACGUUAGUCACCUUGCCAGCGCGCAUCGGCACCUCAAUCGCAUCUUGCUCGAGGAAGCAACAGCUGCCUUCCCCAAACGACCGCCAGAGGACAACCGUGUCAGCGCCAGGCCAGAGUUUCGCCUGUCAGCCCGGCACGUGUGGCACCUGUAUCAUGCACUCAAGCGCCCUCGUGUUAGCACGGCCUAUGCUGUCUUCGCUCAGUGGCGACUGGCUGCUCAAUUCGCGAGGGCCUCAAAAGCCCUGCGUCGCCAGAGUCGUGUGCUCCAGCGCCACUUUUAUGAAUCCCAGGUGGAUCAGGCCGAACAGGCUGCAAACCAAGGCGACCAACGCAGUCUCUACCUCAUUGUCCGUCGUCUCUCGCCGAAAACUCGGCAGUCCGCGCGGCGUCUCCGAGGUGACGACGGCCGUCUCCUAUCAUGCCAGGAGGAGCUGCAACACAUCACGGCAUAUGGUAACAAAACCUUUGCUGCCAAGCCCGAUGAUCACCCCAUCAGCCCCCUCCUGCAACCUGUUCAUAUUGCCGAUGAGGAACUGCAAGCUGAACUUGACAAGCUCGGUCUGGCCAAGGCCGUGCCAGGACACAUCGCUCCCACAGCAGUGUGGCGACAAUGCUCUGCCGAGGUCAGCCAGGUCUUGGGCAAAGCCCUCCGAGCUCACUUGCAGCCAGGGCACACGGGCCACCUUGACGAGGACUGGAAAAACUGCUACAUGGUCUGGAUUCCCAAACCCAACAAACCUGCAGGGGACGUGGCUUCGCUUCGUCCCAUCGGGCUUUCCAGCCCGGCCAGCAAAGCCCUCGCGGGCAGCCUGCGGCACCAUUUGCUCAGAGGCCUUGAGCCUGUUAUGCAAUUUCUCCCACAGUUUGCUUAUGCUAGGCAUCGGGGUACGGCGGACGCUCUUCUUCGGGCGCACUCUCACUUUGAGGCUGUCACGCAACUCAUCGUUGACACGCAGUGCACCAGGUUCCAGAAGCAGGCAGGUCGAAGUAGCCGCCUAUGUGCAGGCGGACUCAGCCUAUCCUUGGAUCUUUCCAAGGCUUUCGACGGAGUCAAUCGUGCUCAUAUCUACCGAUCCAUGGAACAACAGGGAGUCCCACCGGAGGUGAUCACCAUCAUUCAACAUCUUCACCAUCGGGCUCAGUAUGUCUAUCAGGCAGGGCCCCAUCGUGGCUCCACUGUCACAACCAACGGCAUCAAACAAGGCUGUGUUAUUGCUCCAUAUUUGUGGAAUUACUUCUCUCUUGCUUUUCUGCUUCUCCUUCGUGACAAACGUAGCCCCGAAUGGAUACAGGCCACCCUCUCCCUCUUCGCCGACGACGUGUGGGGCUCCUGGCUGAUACGCCAACCGGCGGAUCUUGACCAAGCUGUCGCUGAUGUGUCUUUGAUUCUGGAGACUUUGGAAACUCUAGAUAUGACCAUCAACUACGGCAAAACCGCCAUUCUCCUCAGGCUGGUCGGACGGGCUGCCAGCCAGCAACGACACGCCCACACCUUCAUGAAGGCCGGCCAGCUCCACCUACGAGUUUGGGUUCAUGGCAGAGAAUGCAGCAUUCCGAUUAAGGAACAACAUGAGUACCUCGGCACGAUUGUCACCUACCGCCACAGGCACCAACGCAAUAUGCAGCACCGCAUACGCGCCAGCACAGCCAAAUAUCAAGGCCUGCGCAAGCUGCUGAAUGGCUCCCACCACCUUUCCGAGCGCCACAGACUGCGGCUCUGGCAGGCAUGCGUUUGCACAAGUGCCUUUUACGCUCAACAUGUCGUCGGUGUCACCGCUGGCUCCCUUCACACCCUGACAACGGUUCUCACCAAGCAUCUUAGAGCGAUCCUCCGCAUCCCCGCACAUCUGACUCACAUUUCUACCGGAGAUGUUUGGAAACGAGCCAACGUACCCAUGCCAGGCUGGACGGUGCAAUAUGCCCUGCAGCAGAUGCUUGCCAAGCUCACCAGCAGAGCUGUGUCUGCGCCUGAUAUCACCACAGACCCCAGCGCCAUUGCCCAUCUGCAACAGCAGGCUGAGCGCCUGGAACCCAUCCUGCUGGAUGUUGCUGCGGGACUCACUGCGACACCCACGCCAGAACCUGCAGUAAGCUGCCCCUUCUGUCAGGAGGUCUUCCUCACGGAGAACGCGAUGAGGGUGCACUGCGGCAUCAAGCAUGAGUCGGUAUGCCAGCUUGUCAGCUUUGUGACCGUCAGUUCUGGCGUUGGGCUCAUCUUGUCUCUCAUAUUGAGACGG